AAUGGAAGUAUUGUGUUAUAAGUAUUUUUAGCAAUUUAUAAUGAACCUUGAUGAUACAGAUUGUAAUUCUAUAUAAAUUAAUAUAUAGUUAAGACUCCAUAAAAAUAGCAAUUGUUCAAAUCACCCAUUACAUAUAUUAAACAAAGCUCGCCUAAGAAACUCAAGGAAGAAUUGAAAAAAUUUAAGAUCAUUAAGAAAUUGGAAUUUAAUGAUGAUCAGAUAGUUAUAAGAUAAGAUGGAAUACUUGGAAGAAGCAAACGUAUUACACCUAAAGAAAAUAAAAGUAUUAAUAAACAAUUAAAUUAGUAAAUUCAUCCUACACUUUGGGUCUAUUAAAUUCUAUAGAACUAAACUAAAAUAAUGUUAUAGUUAAUAAAUUAGUGAAACCUAGUGAUGAUGAUUUAUUUAAUCUCUCAAGAGAUGAGAAUAUAGUGUGUAAAUGUAGAAAAUCUAAAUGCAUUAAAAACUAUUGUGUUUGUAGUGCUAAUAAUCAAGAAUGCUCAUUCAAAUGUGAAUGCUACAAUUGUUCAAAUAAAUAACCAAAAUCAGCUGUCUCAAAAUAAUCUGGAUCAGAUUAUAUAGGAUGUAAUUGUAGAAAAUAAGAGUAUGACCUCUAAAUUAAUUCCUAGUUGUUCUAAAGGGUAUUGUGAAUGCCAAAAACGUAAAAUCAAAUGCACAUCCAAGUGUAAUUGUUGUGAUGAAUGCAAAAAUUGUGAUAUACAACCCUUACCUUUUCAUUUAGAUAGUUUAUUCUGA